CGCAAGCGGUUGAGUCCGUAAAAGAAGUGACCGCUAGCUUCACGUCAACCAUACAGACACUACUGAACUAGCAGCGCGGAAAUCUUUCCCAGCGAAGAAGGAGAGGGAGCGACAGAGGGAGAGUGAGGGGGGUCGCUGGAAGGGAUACUGGACUGCAUUUCCCUACGUUUGAACCGACUAAAUAUUCAUAUCGGUUUGGGUUUUACCUAUUUUUAAGAAGCUCGGGAAUACCAGCUGUAGGAAGGUUAACGUGAGCUAGUCACCGCCAUCUCCUUUCAGUCGGAGCGACCGACGUGUCUUCCACACCAUGGGGAACGCUGCCACCGCUAAGAAGGGCAACGAGCUAGAGAGCGUGAAAGAGUUUCUAGCCAAAGCCAAAGAAGAUUUCUUACGGAAAUGGGAAUGCCCACCACAGAGCACAACGUGCCUAGAUGACUUUGAAAGAUUAAAGACCCUGGGUACCGGCUCAUUUGGAAGAGUCAUGCUGGUGAAACACAAAGGAACAGAGCAAUACUUUGCCAUGAAAAUACUGGACAAGCAGAAGGUGGUGAAACUCAAGCAAAUAGAACACACACUAAAUGAAAAGAGGAUAUUACAGGCAGUGAGCUUUCCUUUUCUCGUCAAACUUGAGUAUGCGUUUAAGGACAACUCCAAUUUGUACAUGGUGAUGGAGUAUGUUCCAGGUGGAGAGAUGUUCUCACACCUAAGACGAAUUGGAAGGUUCAGUGAACCACAUGCACGUUUUUAUGCCGCUCAGAUAGUGCUGACAUUUGAGUACCUCCAUUCACUAGAUCUCAUAUACAGAGAUCUGAAACCUGAGAACCUUCUCAUUGACCACCACGGCUACAUUCAGGUGACAGACUUUGGAUUUGCCAAGCGGGUAAAAGGCAGGACCUGGACGUUGUGUGGGACACCGGAGUACCUGGCGCCAGAAAUCAUUCUCAGCAAAGGCUAUAACAAAGCUGUGGACUGGUGGGCCCUUGGAGUCCUCAUCUAUGAAAUGGCAGCUGGCUAUCCUCCAUUCUUUGCAGAUCAACCCAUUCAGAUCUAUGAGAAGAUCGUGUCUGGGAAGGUACGAUUCCCAUCCCACUUCAGCUCCGACCUGAAGGACCUGUUGAGAAACCUGCUGCAGGUGGAUCUGACCAAACGUUACGGCAACCUGAAGAACGGAGUCAACGACAUCAAGGGCCACAAAUGGUUUGCUACAACAGACUGGAUCGCAAUCUACGAGAGAAAGGUGGAAGCCCCGUUCAUACCAAAGUGCAGAGGCCCAGGGGACACCAGCAACUUCGACGACUACGAGGAGGAGGAAAUCCGUGUUUCUUUAACAGAAAAAUGUGCGAAGGAGUUUGCAGAGUUUUAGGAUGCAAGAACAUGGAUAUAUCAGGGAAAUAAGGGGAUCUUUGCACUCUUCUAAAGACUUGGGAUGGAGCAGAGACCAUCGUUUUUCAGAUCUUCUUCAUAGUCCCUUCAUUCCAUAAGGCGGAAUGAGGUCGACAUGAUCCUUGGGUGCCGAUAACCUCUCACUGUCACGUACACCUGCGUAUUAAAGCAGACAGACCACGUUUUUCUUUUUCCUUUUUUGUACCUACCCACCGUUUAUUUUAAUUUUUUUUUUAAUUUUGAAGCAGAUAGUCUUGGAUGUUAUCCCCUUUUAAAAUGUGAUAUUUUUCAAUUUAUGAGGAAAAACUCAGACAAUGGCCAAUAAUAGUCCACACAUUGUAACUGACUUGUCUAUGGCUAUUCCCUCCAGUCAUCAGCGGUGUAUAUUUAAUGGUCUGUUACAAGUCCACAUCACAUUGGCUAGUGUAAAAUUCUGGCCAGCUUUCCGAGGUAGCAUUCGUCCUAUGUGCAUAUCUGUCAGUUUUGUAAGACAUUUGAACAUGUUGUGUUGAAAGCAUGACCAAAUAGAAAACGUUGGGUGACACAAGAAGAGAAGUCCUGUCCUUUCUUUGCUUUUUGCUUAGAGAGCCAAGUCCUCAUACCCCCACAGAAGCAUCCAUUCACUGUCUUCUUGGCAUUCUGACCCAGGCACCGCAAGCCAUUGCGGAAAAUGACAAACCUUGUUAUAUACAUUAGUCAAAUGCAAAUCAAGUUGUUUGUUUGAUCCUUUUGGAUCUGUUUGUUACAUGUAAAAUUUGUCAUUUGGUAUCUAGCUAUUCUUUUAUCACUGUGUCAAACAUUAUAGUCAUAUUAUCUGCCUAUUAAGACCCUUUUGUUAUGAGUCUGUGGAACAAUGUGACUUCAGUAAAUGGUGAAAGUGAAAUCCUUUUUAGGAUUUUUAUUGAGUGUAAUGUUAAGUUGAGAAGGUCAGUGUGAAUAGUGUUGUGGCACUGUGCCUCAACAUUGUCAGUGAAACCUAAAAUAAAUUUGUAAUGUAUUAAAUCAAUUAUGUUUAAAAAUUUUAAGAAACAGGAAUGCAAAGCUAUGGUAGACAUAUUUACCGUAUUCUCCCUGUUAACACCCCCGAACAGAUUUUUGUUUCAUUCUUAUCAAAGAAUGUAGAUUUGCAACUUAUAGGUAUGCAUAUUUGAAGGCUUGAUUUCAAGGUAAUGUUUUCCUCACAAUACACUGGCUAAAUAAAGGCUGCUCCUUAAUAUCA